AUGGAGACACUGAGUGCAGCCCCCGAUAAUAACAACAAGAUUGUAGUGGUCGAAGCAUCUUUCAACAUGGAGAGUGUUUCUACCAGACUGCAGGCAACACCCGUCCAUACAGGAAUCUGCAGAAACACCAUCGACUCGUAG